UGACUCCUCUCUCUCUCUCUCUCUCUUACAGCGGAAGAAGAAGAAGAACAAUAAUCACAGAACCGAACCCACUCAGAAGCAAAUCUGAAAACCCCUUAUUUGAUACUACUGGUAUGCUUCGUCAAAAUCACUUCUUUUUGUUUUCCAGCAAUAAAUAUGUCUCUUUUUCUUUCGCGAGGGCUAUGCCUCACUUCUUGUUUCGAUCCAAUUCCAACCACUCCCGUAACUCCAAUUUCACUUCCCAUCUACCAAUAAUACAUCUUUCUCUUUGAACUUCAAUAGGUGAAGAACAGAAUGCAAAAUUGGGUGAGAAUUUUUCCCAGUUCCGGUGUUGCUAUAGGGCAUCUUUGCCAGUUAGGAGGAGAAAUAUAAGGAAAGGAAUCCAGGGGAAAGGAAGGGACAUGAAGAAGCCAUCACCCUUGUCUGAAUGACUUUGAUUUACUAGUUGAGGGGGAACCGUGGGCACGGGCCUGACUGAGCUCAGCAGCACAACUCACUCCCUUGUUUUGAAUGAUGGGCCCAGAAACUAACUUUGCUUUGAAGACUUCAUUGCUGGCAUGAACCUACAUCAUCCAGAUCCCCACAGGACAAGGUCUACUGUAUCCCUCCACUGGAGAAUGCAUGUCACUACAUCAACUACACUCGCCAGAAAGCUCACCAGCAGCAGUGCUGCUGUUGCUUCUACUGGGUCAUCAUCGCCUUUGUAUUUGUCCUUGUCAUGCUUCUUGGCAUUGUGAGCAGCAAUAGAUGAAAAGGAUGUUCACAUUGCUGAUAAGAUAAUAAGGGAUGAGGAAGAGCUAGGGUUUCUACAUGUGCAUCUGAAUCAAAGAGAGCAUGAAUAUAAACUUGGAAUUUACAGAAGUUGGAAGGGAUAAAUGAGUAAUCUAAACUCGCCCACCCCACCCCCCCUUGCCCCCUCCCCCAACAAUUUGGGAAUAAAACUCUCAAAGCAAACCCUCGUUAAAUUCCUACCCCUUCAUUUACUUAAUUGCUGUUUGGUACAGGGAAUGUUUUAACAUUCCUGGGCAAGUGAAGGAAUAUAAGUUUCUUAUAUUUGGUAGAAGAGAACAAAAAUAUUUCAUGUUAAUUGACUGUAAAUUACUAAACUUUCCUGUGGUAAUUGAUUGUAAACAUAUUAUUCCUCGGAAACUUGAGUAAUAAUCGAACAUAUUUUAUAAUUUUUCCUAGGAAUCAUAUUCUAUUACCAGGAACAUAGAUUAGUUUGGAAUGGAAGAUUCCCUGUACCAAACACUACAUUAGGGUCCCAACCCAAUCCGUUCCCUACUGAUCAAAUGUGAAAUUUAGGGAUGUUACUGGGUUGUCUAUGAAAAGCACCGUAUAGCCUUACUGUGUCAGUGGCACUGGCAGGCAGGCUGCCAUUUUUAUGUGUCCCACAUUAAUAGCCCUAUGUUUUUUUUUUAAUUCUCUCUUUGAAAAGUCAAUCUCCUUAAAACCCAGUGGCUUUAAAAUCCUAGUGUUCUGUACAGAUUUUGUGAAUAAUGUGUGAACUUUCAGGUAUUACUGUUAAUGACAAAAUCCUGAGCCAAUCAUGUCAGAAGGUGCAGAAAUUGAUGAACGUGUGGAUCUCGAUGAGGAAAAUUAUAUGGAAGAGAUGGAUGAUGAUGUUGAAGAACAAAUAGAUGAUGAUGCAGUGGAUGGAGGUGAAGAUGAAAAUGUUGAAGGCAGUGGUGAAGAACAUGAAUAUGAUGACUCAGCAGCAGAGGCUGAUGGGAAAGACCAAUUGCCUGAAGCAGAAAAAAGUGACAUUGCUACUGAAUUUGGGGAAGAUGAGCGAAAACCGUCUUUCAUUAAUGAAGAUGAGAAAGAGAAGCAUGAUGAAAUUCUUGCCCUUCCUCCUCAUGGUUCUGAAGUCUUUAUUGGUGGACUACCUCGGGAUGUGUGUGAAGAUGACUUAAGGGAAUUGUGUGAUCCCAUGGGUGAUAUUCUUGAGGUGCGAUUAAUGAAAGACAGGGACAGUGGAGAAAACAAGGGUUAUGCCUUUGUGGCUUUUAAAACAAAAGAGGUAGCACAAAAGGCGAUCGAGGCGAUACAUAACAAGGAAUUUAAGGGUAAAACUUUGAGGUGCUCACUGUCUGAAACCAAACACAGAUUAUUCAUUGGUAAUGUUCCAAAAACCUGGACUGAGGACGAUUUUAGGAAAGUUGUUGAGGGUGUUGGUCCUGGAGUUGAAAACAUUGAGCUCAUAAAGGACCCUCAAAAUCCAAGCAGGAAUCGUGGGUUUGCUUUUGUUUUGUAUUACAAUAAUGCAUGUGCUGAUUAUUCACGGCAAAAAAUGUCAAGUGCUAGUUUUAAGCUGGAUGGUAAUACCCCAACUGUCACUUGGGCAGAUCCAAAGAACUCACCUGACCAUUCUGCUUCUUCACAGGUUAAAGCUCUAUAUGUCAAAAAUAUACCGGAGAAUGUUACCACUGAACAACUAAAGGAAUUAUUCCGUCGUCAUGGGGAAGUAACAAAAGUGGUCAUGCCACCUGGAAAAGCUGGAGGGAAACGUGAUUUUGGUUUCAUUCAUUAUGCAGAGAGGUCAAGUGCAUUGAAAGCUGUAAAAGAUACCGAGAAAUAUGAAAUCGAUGGCCAACUGCUUGAAGUUGUUCUUGCCAAGCCUCAAACUGAAAAAAAACCGGAUGGGGGUUAUGCCUACAAUCCUGGACUUCAUCCAAACCAUAUUCCACAUCCUGCAUAUGGUAGUUUUUCUGGAAAUCUUUAUGGAUCUUUAGGGGCUGGAUAUGGUGUUACUGCCGGUUAUCAACAGCCAAUGAUAUAUGGUAGGGGUCCAAUGCCAGCAGGAAUGCAGAUGGUUCCAAUGGUGUUACCAGAUGGUCGAAUUGGCUAUGUCCUUCAACAACCUGGUGUACAGGUGCCACCUACCCGACCCCGCAGAGUUGAUCGGAGCAAUGGUCCAAAUGGUCAGCCAGGGCGAGGAGGAGGUAGUGGCAAUGAUGAGGGCAAUCGGAGUAGAAGGUAUCGACCCUAUUAGGGGUAGCAGAUAAAUGUGACGUGGCUCUUGCCCCCUGGCUGUCUUCUUGGUGGUGACGGGACUUUGGGGACCAGGGACGUGUAAUUUCUUUGCUAUACAUUGAUAGAAAAAUCCCUUCACAAUCCCCUAUCCCAUAAAAAAGGGGGUAAAAAAAAAGAAAAAGAAUAUAAAGAGAAAGUUAGGAUUAGAACCAGUGAUAUUCUAUUAACUAUUAACUAUUUAAUGUUGGUGUCAACUGCUGUUAGAUCAGUCACAGCUGAGUAAUUGCCCAUCUUUUCUGCUUGUAAUGCUUUUUGGCAUUUUUUAUUGACAACCAGUAGAAAAUUAUGUUAUUUUGGGUUCGGCAACUUUAAGUUGAUUUUGUUGCCCAGUUUUCAUGCACUAAACCAUUUUGUGGGCUUUAAUUAUAGUUAAGCAAUUU